AUGUCAUCGACAGCAAUAGAGAUCACUGCGAAGCAACCGGACAUCCAGUAUGCGCCUGAUUUCGAGAAGUAUCAGGCCAGAGGCAAACUUCGACUUCAGAGUGAGACCCUACCCAAGACGGUCCCGGAUGGGUUUCCCGAGAAACUCUCUGGCGACAUGGUCUGGGAUGGCAAAGACUUGAAGGAUAGAUACAAUUGGACAUACGAGCUGAGCGACGCCGAGAUCGAAGAAAUCGAAGGCGGCCUCGCCCACUUCAAAUCUCUCUCCCGUGAACUUCACCAGGGUCACGGCUUCUUCAUCCUCCGUGGCCUGCCCGUCGACAAACACACUCGCGCCGACAACAUUGCCAUAUACGCCGGCAUCUCCUCGCACGUAGCCCCUCAACGCGGUCGGCAGGAUAGUCAAUACCUCGGCAAGCCUGCGGACAUGAUGCUCAACCACGUCAAAGACCUGACUUACACGUCACAGUCCUCCUCCGUCGGCUCGCCCGCGUACACCGCCGACAAGCAAGUCUUCCACACCGACUCCGGCGACGUCGUCUCCCUCUUCUGCCUCAGCGAAGCCGCCGAGGGCGGCACCUCCCGUCUGGCCAGCACCUGGCGCGUCUACAACGAAUUAGCCGCCACGCGGCCGGACCUGAUCCACACGCUGUCCGCGCCGUGGCCGCUCGAGAACUUUGGCAACACACACGAACCGUACACUUCGCGGCCGCUGCUGUACCACCAGCCGGCGACAGCAGACGCGCCGGCGCGGGUCCUGCUGCAAUACGCGCGGCGCUACUUCACGGGCUUCGGCGCGCUGCCGCGCAGCACGGCGAUCCCCCCCAUCAGCGAGGCGCAGGCCGAGGCGCUGGACGCGCUGCACUUCCUGGGCGAGCGGUUCAACGUCGGGCUGGAGUUCAAGAAGGGGGAUGUGCAGUACGUGAACAACCUAGCUGUGUUUCAUGCGCGGGACGGGUUCACGGAUGAGGAGGGCAGGAGGAGGCAUCUGGUGCGGCUGUGGCUGAGAGAUCCGGAAUAUGCUUGGGACACGCCGCGGGAGUUGGAGGGGAAGUGGAGGGCUUUGUAUGAGGGAGUGGGUGCGGAGAGGGAGGUGUUCCCUUUGGAACCGACGGUUAGAGGAGAGAGUAGAGGUGGCACAUGA